GCAUGCGAGCAGCCGGGGGCCCGCCCGCCGCCAGCCACCUGCCGCCCGCCCAGCCGCCAGCCGGGGCGCCGGGCUCGCCCCCAUCCGAGCGAUGUCCAGGAGGAAACAGAGCAACCCCCGGCAGAUCAAACUUUUCUCCUCUAGCUUUAUCCAACUUCUGUGGCUUUAUUCCGGCAAAAAGCCCAGCUGCCGGGCAGUCCCUCCCUGGGUAACAACAGCUCAUUCAACCAGGAGCGUUUAAACUGAAGCGAGCGGUAGCGUCGCAGCCGCUGAAAUAACAGCGCUGAUGUGGGCGAUAGCUGCGCGCGUGGGGGACAAGCUGACGGCAGGACUCUCGCCUGGUCCCGGUGCCCACUGGUAUGGACCUUGGUGGGGGGAAAGAUGGGGCUGGAUGAGGCCGUGACAGCUUGGCAAGGCGAAGGCUGCUCGUAUCUCCUUCCUCUGCUGCUUCUCUGCAGAGAUGUGAAGAAAUGAUAAAGUGGGAGGCUGAUCUCAGGCCGCUGGCGAUGGCCAAAACUGAUUAAAAGCUGAAAGCUUGGAACCCUUCCUGUAUGUGUCAACAUGAAAACAGUCAUUAGAGGCAGCGAGCGUGGUGAGAGCGCCUUUGCCGUUGCCUCCGACGGUUCUCCCCGCCGAGGGAAGGUUCCCUGGCAGCGAUGGAGGAAGGUGAGGACACCCCAGCAAGUGAGAAGAGCCCCUCAGAGAGGGAGGGGGCCACCUCAGACCGCGAGGGCUCUGCCGAAUGUGACACCUCCAGCUCCCCUGGCAGCGAAGAGUCCAGAGAUGCGCCAGAGAGUCCGAAGGAGCUGGAGAAGCCAGAUCCUGGAGAAAACCCACGGGAGCCGGACAGUUGGAAUGGACCAGAUGAGCUGGAUCUGGCUGUGCAGGAGGGCGAGAGGCAGGUGCGAACCCGCAAGAGCCUCCCGAAGGGUUUCUCCUGGGGACCUUUCCAGGGCAGCAUCCACAGUGAGCCGACAUCGCCGGGACACAGUGAAACGUGCUCACGCUGCUCUCCCUGCCCUCAGCAGAGCCCACCCGUGACGCUGGUGCUGGAGGAUGAGAGCUGCUGGCUGUCCCAGCUGCCCCUCGUGCCUGGAGAGCCCGACGCCAACGCUGUGAUCUACAGGAAGGAUGACAACCUGUGGUGCCGGACGACACGUGCCCUGCGGGAGGACGAGGCCGUGUGCGCCUUUGUGGUGGCAGAGCCACCAGCCAUCCCCAACCACCAAGUGGUGAAAGCGGAGCCCGGCGACUCGCCGUACCCUGCUGCGCUGCAUUCAGACAUCCAGCUGCUGCCGCAGCAAGCGGGCAUGGCUGCCAUCCUGGCCACCGCCGUGGUUAACAAGGAUGUCUUCCCAUGCAAGGACUGUGGGAUCUGGUACCGGAGUGAGCGCAACCUGCAAGCCCAUCUGAUGUACUACUGCGCCAGCCGGCAGAGCGCUGGCUCGCCUGCCCUGGAGGAGAAGCCCAAGGAGACCUACCCCAACGAGCGCGUCUGCCCCUUCCCUCAGUGCAAGAAGAGCUGCCCCAGUGCCAGCUCCCUGGAGAUCCACAUGCGGAGCCACAGCGGAGAGCGGCCGUUCGUCUGUCUGAUCUGCCUGUCUGCCUUCACCACAAAAGCCAACUGUGAGCGUCACCUGAAGGUGCACACAGACACUCUGAAUGGCAUCUGCCACAGCUGUGGCUUCAUCUCCACCACGAGGGACAUCCUCUACAGCCACCUGGUCACCAACCACAUGAUCUGCCAGCCAGGCUCCAAGGGAGAAGUGUACUCGCCAGGGCCAACCCUGCCUACUGCCAAACCCCUCACUCCUGGGUUGAGCCAGACGAACAACGCACCCCUGCGGAAGUGCAGCCUGCCCACGUUCCUGCCCGAAGGACUGCCGGCACUGCCGCAGCACAUGGUGCUGCACGGCCCCCUGCCCGCCCCACUGCCCAGCCCUGACACUGCAGCCCCCCCAGCACCACCUGCCUCUCCCUCCAAUGCCAGGGCCGGCAAGCUCUCACCACCCACCCAGCCACAGAACGGGGAAGGUCCAUCAUCGUCAUCAUCAUCCUCCUCCUCAUCCUCCUCCUCCAGCGAGGCCAUCCGCAUCAAGGAGGAGCCUGCUGGCAGCCCAGCAAGUGAGGCAGAGGUGCUUAAAAGCAGUGGCCCUGCAGAAGGGGGUGGCAGCCCCGAUGCCUCCUCCCGAACCUCAUCCCCCCGCAGCCUGCCCUCAGCAAAGGUCAAGUCGGAGCUCGCCAGCCCCACGCCGGGCUCCAGCCCCGUGCCCAGCGAGCCGGGGAUGGGCACAGCUGGUGGCACUGUCUUCCUACCCCAGUAUGUGUUUGGCCACGAAGCUGCAGUGGUGCCACAGGCAUCGGAGAUCCUGGCGAAGAUGUCAGAGCUGGUGCACAGCCGGCUGAAGCAGGGCCACGGCAGCACAGUGCCGCCCGCCAUCUAUGCUGGUGCACCGGUGCCCAAGGGUGCCACCUGCUUCGAGUGCGAGAUCACCUUCAACAACAUCAACAACUACUACGUGCACAAGCGCCUUUACUGCUCCAGCCGGCACCUCGUCGAGGAUAGUCCUCCUGGGGCACGCAAGCUCAAAGCUCCCCCUGGGGCACCCAAGGGUCCCCAGGCCCCAGGGACACUGCUGUCCCCCUCAGCGGGUGAUGGGCAGGGGACGCUGGUGGGGGACGGGGAUGCCAGCCGGGAUGCCACACCGCCAGCCGCCCCACCAGAGGUGAAAACAGAGGAGGUGGGUGGCAAAGCGGGGUCCCCCGAGGCAGAGGGGCGGUCGGGGCGGUGCAGCGAGGACAGCCAGAGCCCCAGCAGCUCAGUGGGGGACGAGGGGGAUGAGGACCCCAGCAGGACGCUGUGUGAGGCGUGCAACAUCCGCUUCAGCCGCCACGAGACCUACGUGGUGCACAAGCGUUUCUACUGUGCCUCGCGCCAUGACCCUCCCCUCCGCCGCCCAAAUGCCCCCAAAGUCCCCUACGUGCCGCAACCUCUCCGCACCCGCAAACGCCGCAAGCUCUAUGAGAUCCACGGGGCUGCUCAUCGCCCCACCGAACCGCCGCCAGCCCCCGAGCCUCCACCAGCCCCCGAUCCCCCAGGAGCUGCUCCCUCGCCCCGUUCCAGCCCAGAUGCCGACGGUCCCAUCGACCUGAGCAAGAAGCCGCGGCGGCAGGGCGAUGCGACACCGGCACCACUGCUGCAGUUGGCUGACUACCAUGAAUGCACCGCCUGCCGCAUCAGCUUCAACAGCCUCGACAGCUACCUGGCCCACAAGAAGUACCAGUGCCCAGCCACCCCGCUGCAGCCCCGCACCCUCGAGCAGCUCCAGAAGAUGAAGGGGGCCAUGCCCACUCCCCUCAAGGGCCGGCGCAGCCCCAGCAGCCCCGGUGAGGGGGACCCCGAAGGUGUGCGGGUGAGGGCGGCUCCUGCAGCAAGCCCCAGCAUCCCCUACCCUGGUGUGUCUGGGGCGGACUCGCUGCAGCGUCACCCCAAGGGUCCUCUGCCACCCCUGGGGAUGAAGGGACCUCUCUCUGCCUGUCCCUACUGUCCCCUGAACGGGGCUGUCAAGGGCGACCUCCUUGAGCACUUCCGUAACGCCCACGGGCUCUUCGUGGCUAAGCCAGCGGCAGCUGGGCAGGGACUCCCUGAUGCCAGUGCCGGCAGGACACCCGAGCCCCCACUGCCCGCGGCGUCACCCCCUCGCCCACCUGCCCCCCACCUCCGCCAGGACAGCUUUAACAGCAAGGAGGGUCGGGAUGGCAGCGGCAGCCCCCGGCCCCCCGCCUCACCCCAGCCUCCUGCUUCACCCAGAGCCCCUGAGGGACUGCGAGAAGCUGCCCGCAAGCCCCCCACGCCCCCCACCUACACAGACAGGGGAGUGCAGACACCUCCGGCAAAGGCUGUGCCCGGCCCUGUGCCAAACGGCAACCACAGGUACUGUCGCCUCUGCAACAUCAAGUUCAGCAGCCUCUCCACCUUCAUCGCCCACAAGAAGUAUUACUGCUCCUCUCACGCUGCCGAACAUGUCAAGUAAAGCCCCACCGCUGCCUCACCACCAUUGCUGGGGGCAGCUGCAGGGGCUGGGAGACCGGGAACCCAUGGCCAGCACCCCCCUUGCAGGGGUCAGGGUGAUGAAGGACCCGCAGGAGGCUCUGCCAGGGCGACAUCAGCAUCCCCUCAGUGUCCCCAAGCUUCACCCGAGGUUGGGGGUCCCGUGCAUCCCAGGCUGAGGACCCCGUGCGAGAAAGCACAAGUGUGAUGGGGGGGACACCUGCCCUUGCCCCUGGUGUGUGUGGAGCCCCUGCUGUAUCCACGGCCAAUGCUGCAGGGAAACUGAGACAGAGGGCGGGUGCACGGCUCUGCCCAAGCCAGGGGGCUGCGUGGGGGUCUCUUCCCCAAGGCAGACACUACAGGGACAGGGAGGGGGCUCAGCACAGCUGGGCUUGGCCCUAGGCACCCUAGGAAGAGUGUGGGUGCCCCCUGCUGCGGAGCGGACUCUGCAGAGAGACAGCACUGAAGGUGAGGAUGAAGCUACCCUGGGAACCGUGUGUAUAAGUGUGUACAGAAAUAAAUAUGUCUAAUAAAGCUGGGCUGCCACCUGCAUGCGGGUGGGAGAC